AUGGAUACAAAUAUCGCAAAGUUAUUUCAAACUGUUGCUGCUUCUUCAGAUUACAAUGAUGCUUUUAUGAUGUAUAAAAAAAUAAAAGAUGAAGGAAACAAUGAUUUUAAACGUCAAAUUAAAUUUAAAAUGGGGCUACACUUACUUGCUGGGGUUGGUUGUUAUAAAAAUAUUGCAGAAGGUUGCAAGUUCAUUAUUGAAGCUGGACGUCUUGGCCUUUCUGAUGCAAUAAGAUGGACAAAAGAUCAUGGGAAUAAAGAUGAUUAUAGUGCAGGAGAGGCAUCCAAAAUAUUUUUUAGAUAA